CAUGCUGGAGUAUUAUCACUCAACGGUUAUUUUUUUUUAAAUUCUAUUGUUGUGGUGCACUUUUUAUCAUUAUAGAAUCAGAAUUCGAUCGAUUUCAUUAUAAUUAUUAAUUAUUAAUUAAUUAAUUAAUUAAUUAUAUGAAGCAUAAAUAUUCUCAGAGUUAUUUCAAUGAAUAGAAACCGAAUGAAACUGUUUAUCAAUGAAUACUAACGAGUUCAGUUCAUUUGCGAAAUCAAAUUGCAAUCGAGCUCCAGAAUGCAAUUCAUUCGUAUCAGAAGAAUUAGAAGCUGAAGAAGAUGAAAUACGUCGAAACGAAGAGAUCAAGCAAAUGAUGCAUAAUGCUUUCGACGAUUUAGAUGAAGAUUAUCAAUCAGUCAACAGCAGUUCUUAUUUAGCUUCUCUGAGUGGAUGUUGUAAUAGUAAAACUACGUACUCCGAACCUUCGCCUUGGAACCAUAAUCCGAAUUUAUAUGGAAAUCGUUUAUCCUCUCUAAAUAAUCAGAAUUACACUCACACUGAAAACGAACAGCAGUAUUUAACGAAAAUUCAACAAUUAGAAUCAGACUUUAACGAUUUACAGAAACGAUUCAAGGAAGAAAAAAGCAUUUGGUUAAAGAAGUUUUUCGCUGAAGAAGAAGAAAAAAAGUUGGCUCAAAAGAAACACGAAGAAAUUCAUAAAUUAUUUGAUGAAGCUCAGGUUAUGUUAUUACAACGAGAAAAUGAAUUGAAAGAUUAUCAAGAAAAAUUAGAGCUUUCUGAAAAAGAAAAAAAUGAGGGUUUGAAGGAAAUCAGACUAUGCCAACUUACGAUCGAAGAAAUGGAGCUACGUUUAAGGUCUCAAGAGAAAGAAAAUCGAACCAAAAAAGAAGAGGUUGAAUAUUUGAAACAAAAAUUCUCCGACAAUGACGAAGAGAAAUUUGCCUGUUACGAAGAAGAGAUUAAAAAUUUAAAUGAAAAAUUGGCUCUCAAGGAUAAGAAAUGUCAAGAUUCAGAGUUACAACUUGAAGAAUUACAGAAGCUUCAUAAAUCGAUUAUUGCCGAAAAAUCUGAUGUGAUAUCGAAACUAAGCAGCAACUUGGAAACUUGCCAGUCUCAGUGUCAAAAAUUAAUGCUCAAUUUCAAUCGUAAAUUGGACAAGAACAAUUCCGGUAACGUUGCACUCCUCGAAUCUCGCGAAUCAUUACCUGCCAAUAUGAAACACGAUUCGAAGUUAUUCGAAGAAUUAUUUCAAGCUUAUGCUACCGUCAAAGAAAAAAGUUCCGAAAUUACAUUUCUGCAAGAACAAUUGAAAUCGUGUAUAAAACAAAUCAAAUCCGGUCAAGAAACCGAAUGCCAAAAUGUAGAAGAUAUUCGUACUCUAAAAGAGAAACUAGCCAAUUUAGAAGCCAAAAACGAGCAGCUCGUUCGAGAAAAUCAGCAGCUGAGAAACAGUAAACUAAACGUGGAACGAGAAAGUAUCGUUGAUCACUCCGAUGAUGAAAAUGUUAGCCAAAAAUUAAAGAUGCUCGAAGAGCAGUGUAAUAAAACGAAAACCACGUAUUUUGAAGUUUGCUCUGCUAAUGAAAAACUAUUGCUUCAAAAUCAACAGCUGCAAGUUCAAGCUGACGAACUGAAAAAGAUGCUUCUUAAUCCGGUGCAUGACGAUAGCUCAGUGAAAAAAUGUCUACGGAUAAGGGAUUCAUCUCAUAAUCCCGACUUCGCUUUAGAUAGGGAUAUAGAACUGGAAAUUCUGAAGAAAAAAUUGAAAGAAUGUGAAGACCAGUUAGAAAAGGAUAGAAUUCAGCAUGCUAAACAAUUAGAUGUACUACAGAUUGGCAUAAGAGAUUAUAUUUCCAGCACCGAAGCUCAGCAUCAGCAACAACUCAAUGAAUUAGAGGAAGAGUACGUUAAAAAACUUUCAGAAGCUGAAUCCAAACAUCACGAACAAUUCAAUCAGUUUGAAACUGAAUUCAAAGAACACGUACUGAGGGUUUCUACCGAAGAGAUUAAAAACUUAUCCAAUAUUUUUCAAAAACAUUUCGACGAUAUUUCCGAAACAAUGACUCGGUUGCGAACUGAACUGACCGAUAAAAGUAGAUCGGUUGAAGUUUUAAAUAAACAGCUUGAAAGUGCCAGGGAAGAAUUACAAAGUCGUGACAAAAUAAUAGAUAGAAUGAAAUUCAAACAUGACAACUCCUUGAAGGAAUGGAAAGAGCAGUUGAAAACGGCGAACGAUAAAAACGAGAAACUAUUACUAGAAAUAGACAAAAUAUACGAGAAGUAUAAAACAACUCGUAAAGUCGCCAUCGAUCUCAGACAACUUUUAAUCAAACACCAAAAAUUCUACGCUCAAACUUUGAAUGAAAUUCAAAACUAUUUGAACGAAACUUUGGAAGGUAAAUUGAAAGAUGAAAAAAGUACUACCAAAUUUGAUAUCACAAAGGAAGACUUGAUCGUACCCGACGAAGAAAUUAACUCAGCGAUAUUCGCUAUUAAGAAAGUACUCGAUAGUUUGAAACAGUGUAAAUGAAUAAUUCAUAUCUCACAUAUUCAUACAGUGUGAUUGUAUUAUUAUGUUACCAUGUCAGAUUGUUAUUUCUUGUGACCAUCGUCGGUUUCUUGAAUUAGUUUAUAUCCAGUGUUUUUAUGAAAUAUUUAUGUAUUAAUUUUUUUUCAUUUGUUUUCCUUUACUGUAAAUUCAGUAUUUCUUUAGAAAAGUAUUAAUGUGUAAAUUUUGUAAUGGAAUUUUUCCGGUAGGUAUUAUUUUUGUAAAUUUUGUAUUUCUCUUUUUUAUACUUCAUUGAUUUCUCAGUUUGACAAUUUUGAUCUCGCUGCGUAAAUAAAAUAUUAAGUAUUGUUUUUCAAACAAAUGUUUUUAUACGCUAAAUAAAUUACUUGAUUGAAACUCUUACGAGGUAGGUAUUUGAACUUUUCAAAUUACUAACUGCGGUUGAAUUACUCAAAAUUUGAG